AUGGCGAAAAGACCUCGAAAGGGCGGAUCUGGUGCGGGAGGACCAGGAGGACCAGCGAUGAGAACGACGAAUACUGAUUCAGGAGAGCAUGUUCGCAAAAGGCAAGCGGAAUGUCGAGGCGUGUUGGAAGCGUUGAACUUCCAAUUCUACUCGCACGUGUGCGAACAACACAAGAAUAACCCGAGGAAAAGUUGGGCCGAAGGAUGCCAGGAUUACGUGAAACACGUGAAAAAGUUGAUGAGCGACUUCAAAGACAUUCUCGAAGAAGAAGAAGAUCAAGGAGGAGAACAAGGAGACGCGAGAGAGAAGAACAAUAAUAAUAAUAAUAAUAAUAACGACGAGGACGAUUCCGAUUCCGACGACGACGGACAACCGAAGACGUCUCUUUUUGGCGACUUGCCGAAACCGACGGCAUUUGGGAUGGGCGCGAAAUCGAACCCGUUUGCAGCAGGCGGCGGUAGUGGCGGCGCUCCGUCCUUGUUCCCGCCGGUGAGUGGAGCGAAGAGCGCGUCGAAUAAUCCGUUUGCCCCUUCCACGACAGCGUUUGGAGGAGGUGGAGGAUCGACGGCGUUUCCGAAAUUCCCGGCUGGCGGUGCCGCGGCGCAACAGGCGAAGGAAGAGGAAAACGACGAAGAACCGGAGCGACCGCCGUCGCCGUCCACGGCGGAAGCGACGGGUGAAGACGACAAUGAGUUCGUGGACAUGGAAAAGCAAAAAGUAAAACUGUACGUGAAAAAGGAAGCCUCGGAGCCGUGGGCGGAUCGAGGGGUGAACAGGUUACAAUUUAGAAGAGAAAAAGAAGGGGCCAAAGGCGCGUGUCGCAUAUUAAUGCGAACAUCCAUUGGAAAAGCGGUGAUUAACGCAAACUUAUACGACAACAUGAGCGUCACGUUCGCAGAGCAAAAGGAUAAAAAAGACGGGUCGAUGAAGAAAACCGGGGUGAUUUUGACUAUUUUCAACGCGUGCGAGAAUAGCGAGAAGCAAAUUGUGCUUCUCAAGUUAGGAUCUCAGGAAGCCGUGGAAGAGCUCCACGGACUGAUCGUGAAGAAUACGAGAAAGUAA